AUGGGCGAGACAGGUGAACCUGGACUUCUGGUGACUGAAAUAACAGCCAAAGCUCCAUUCAUUGGUUAUGUGAGAGACAUGAAGCAAACUGAGAAAAAGAAGCUGCACAACGUCUUCAAGAAAGGUGAUCUGUACUUCAACACCGGCGACCUGCUGCGCAUCGAUGAGGAUAAUUUCAUGUACUUCCACGAUUGUGUUGACGACACAUUCAGAGGCGAGCGGGACAACGUAUCUGCUGUCCAGAGCGAUUUCCCUGGGGCGUACUGCACAUUCUCCGACUUCUCCCAGGAUGUCCAAUUCGUGCUCACUAAAAUAAAAGUAAGGCGGUUCAUCGAAAAGUGCGUGCAGACUAAUUACUCAAUCCUGGACCGCUUUUUAGAGCUGGUGAAGACACAGCCGCACAAGCCUUUCGUUUAUUUUAAAGAUGAAACGUUCACGUACCGGGACGCAGACGUCCUGAGCAACAAAGUUGCGAGAGCGUUUCUGCAGGCUGGAUGCGUAAAAGAAGGAGACACGGUGGCGCUGUUCCUGGGGAACCAGCCGAUGUUCCUGUGGCUCUGGUUGGGUUUGGUGAAGAUUGGAUGUGCUGGAGCUUUGCUCAACUCCAACAUCAGAUCCAAGUCUCUGCUACACUGCCUCAACUGCAGCGGAGCCACAACUCUGGUAGCAGCUGAAGACUUGCUGGAUGCAGUGAAGGAGGUGCUGCCCCAUCUUCACGAACAGCAGAUCAAUGUUUUCAUCUUAGCUGACAGAUGUGAAGUUACAGGUGUGGAAAGCUUCAUUGAUAAAAUGAAUCAGGCUUCCUCUGAGCCUAUACCCAAGGAGUUAAGGUCCCAUUUAACCAUGCAGAGUCCAGCAGCCUACAUAUACACGUCAGGGACAACAGGUCUUCCUAAAGCAGCUUUGAUCACUCAAGGCAGAGUGUGGACCAUGUCUUUACUUCUGCCUUCAUCAGGAGUGAACUCCAAAGAUGUGAUUUAUGAUACCCUCCCUCUUUAUCACAGCACCGGCUUCCUUGUCUUCACUGGGGCCAUUGAGAGGGGUAUUCCUGUUGUUCUGAGGAGUAAGUUUUCUGCUUCCCAGUUCUGGGACGACUGCAGAAAAUAUAAUGUCACUGUCAUACAGUACAUAGGUGAAAUUAUGCGUUAUCUCUGCAACACUCCACAGAAACUCAGUGAUAAAAACCACAAAGUCAGACUUGCAGUAGGCAACGGGAUCAGAGCAGAUGUUUGGAGGGACUUUGUGAGACGAUUUGGGGAAAUUCAAAUCAGAGAAUUUUACGGAGCAACUGAGGGAAACUUUGCUCUGUUGAAUUAUAGCAGCAAGAUGGGAGCUCUUGGGCGACACACCUUCCUGCACAAGAUGUUUUUUCCAUAUGCUGUGAUCAAAUAUGACAUAGACAAAGAAGAACCUUUGAGGGAUUCUUCUGGUUUUUGCAUGGAGGUUCAGAGAGGUGAACCUGGACUUCUGGUGACUAAAAUAACAGCCAAAGCUCCAUUCAUUGGUUAUGUGAGAGACAUGAAGCAAACUGAGAAAAAGAAGCUGCGUAACGUCUUCAAGAAAGGUGAUCUGUACUUCAACACCGGCGACCUGCUGCGCAUCGAUGAGGAUAAUUUCAUGUACUUCCACGAUCGUGUUGGCGACACAUUCAGAUGGAAAGGAGAGAACGUAGCUACAGCUGAGGUGGCCGACAUCCUCGCGCUGGCUGACUGCAUUAAAGAAGCCAAUGUUUACGGAGUCAAAGUGCCAGGCCAGGAGGGAAGAGCCGGGAUGGCUGCUGUUACUUUGAUGGAUGGACUGAAGUUUGACUCCACGGCUGUUUUUAAACAUGUCGAGGACUUCCUGCCGUCCUACGCCAGGCCACGCUUUCUGAGGAUUCAAAGGUCACUGGACAUUACAGGCACGUUCAAGCUAAUAAAGACGAAAGUAGUGGAGCAGGGCUUCAACCCAAAUGAAAUAACAGACUCACUCUACUUUCUGAAUGAAAAAGAGAAGAACUAUACUCCACUCACGCCAGAUGUAUUUGAUUCAAUUAUAGCAGGAGACGUCAAAAUAUAAAGUGAUUUUACUUUUGAAGAAAAAAAUCCACCUUUUCACACACAAGCGAAUCAUUU